CAAAUUUAUCUAAUACUGAAAUGUUGCGUCCAUCAUCUACUUUUUCUAAAUAUACUCAAUCAGAUACCAAAUGGUUAAUGCCGAUACCUGUAACUAAGUUUCAAGAUAAAACUUUACAAAAUGAAGAUAUUGAAAUGGAAGAAAAUCAAAUUCCAAAUAAUCAGCAAAUAGAAGGUGGAGGUAAACAAAUGAGUAAUAAAGUCAAGAAAAUGCUUGAAAGAAUGUUUUUGUUUGGAAACUUGAAUCCAAAAGAUUGUAUGAAUACUAAGGAUAUGUAUGAACGACUAAAGGAAUUUUCAAAUAAUGGAGAACUUGAAGAAGAAGAAAUUCCAAAGGUAAAUACUAUUCAAUUAUGGAUAUCAAGAUUCACUCAAAAAUUCAAAGAAAGUUCAACAAAAGCUGCAUUACAAACCAACCUAUCUAAAGGUUCUUUGGCAGAGAGUUCUACUGUAAAUGCAUAA